UUAUUUUCGUUUGGGUUUUCCGUCUUAAGGCUUCAUUCAUUGAGCUUCUCCUCUCACAAGAUUUUGUUGCUUUCUGCUUAUGGAAGGCCCUUAAACUCUCUCUCUUUCUCUCUCUGCUUCACUCUUCUCUUCUGAACAAAACUCAUCAUCACAAAUAGUAUCCGUUUUUUUUUUUUCUGUGCAUAUACCAAAGCUUGGUUCCUUAGGUGCGUGCUUCCAAUGCUUCUUCUCCCACUGCUAACUGCUUUUUUUUUCCUGUGAUUUUCUGUUUCUUGGCGCUUUCAGUAGAAUGUGCACCUUUUGUUUUUUGAAAAAUUUCGGUUUGGAUUUGGUGAGUGUGUGGAUCUAUUUAGCUGCUGCAGUGCUUUCAGUCUUGCUUUUUUUUUUUGGGAAGAAACUGAGGCUAUGAAGAAAACUGAACCAGAAAUAGGAAGAGAGGAGAGUAUGCUAUUCUGAUAAUUACUUAGUUAACUACUUGCUAGGUUGUUGACGUGUCAUUCUGCUUCUGUAAGGAUUGUUUAUUUUUGUGCUUAGCUCUGCAGUUUGUAAUAACAUAACGCAUGCAUGUUUUUUCUUUUUAAUUUCUCGCUCUGUUGCAUUAUUCUGUAAAAAAUUGUUCAAGUUGCUUCAUAAUGGCGUGAUCAUUAUGAUUGGGGCGUUUUUAAUUUGCACUGAGUAUUUUCUGCUUAAUUUUUAUUGAAGUCUUGGAGGUGAUUUUGUUAUAUGUGAAGUGGAUGGUGGUUUUAACUUUUACGGUUUCUCUGUCUGGCUGUUUAGUUCUGUUGUGUAUUAGGAGUGUGAUGUCAUCGCCGGCGGUGGUAACGGAGGAGGAAGGGCGGUGCAAAGGAGAAUCUGCUUCUUCACAAUCGUUAGAUUGUUUCUCCCAGAAUGGGGGAGGAUUGAAAGAACGGAAUUACUUAGGGUUGUCGGAUUGCUCAUCAGUGGAUAGUUGUGCUUCUACUGUCCCAAACUUGUGUGAUGAGAAAAAGGGAAAUUUGAAUUUAAAGGCUACGGAGCUGAGGCUGGGUCUUCCCGGAUCCCAAUCGCCCGAAAGGGAUUCGGAUCCGGAUCCUUACACUUUAAGCACAGCAAAGCUUGAUGAGAAGCCACUGUUCCCCUUGCUUCCUACUAAAGAUGGAAUAUCCUCGUCGUCGCAGAAAGCUGUUGUUUCGGGCAACAAAAGGGGUUUUGAUGAUACCAUGGACGGGUUUUCUCAGGCGAAGUUUACAGGAAAUACAGGGAUGAACGCAAUGCUUUCGCCUAGAUCAUCUGGAGCUCAGCCUACUGCAAUGAAAGAAAUGCCUAGCAAGGUGUUGCAAGAAAGGCCUUGUGCAGCUAAUGGAACCGGUCAUAACCAUACAGGUGCUUCAAUCAGUGGCUGUGGCCCGGCUUCUAAGGCACAGGUUGUUGGUUGGCCUCCUAUAAGAUCAUUCAGGAAAAAUUCGAUGGCCAGCACUUCCAAGAACAAUGAUGAAGUGGAUGGAAAACCAGGUCUUGCUGCACUCUUUGUGAAGGUCAGCAUGGAUGGUGCCCCCUAUCUUAGGAAGGUAGAUCUAAGAAGUUAUACAACUUAUCAGGAACUAUCUUCUGCCCUUGAAAAGAUGUUCAGCUGUUUUACCCUAGGUCAGUGUGGUUCGGAUGGAGCACCGGGAAGAGAAGUGUUGAGCGAGAGCAAGCUCAGGGACCUUCUGCAUGGUUCAGAGUAUGUCCUCACUUAUGAAGAUAAAGAUGGAGACUGGAUGCUUGUAGGGGAUGUACCAUGGGAGAUGUUCAUUGACACUUGCAAAAGGCUUAAAAUCAUGAAGGGUUCUGAUGCCAUUGGCUUAGCUCCCAGGGCCAUGGAAAAGUCCAAAAGCAGGUGUUAGAGGGUAUCCGUGACCGAUGACUGCCUUUUGUCUAAUCAAGUUUUAAUGCCUGAUCGAAGGAGUGUGAAAAGCGAAGGAUGAUGACUGAAUUCCCCGGCAU